AGAACAAGUCAUUCAUCGAUAAGAAGAAAUCCGCAACCUUCAAGCUUCUCGCACGUGACACAUCUAACUUUCCCGAAUAUGCCGAAGCUCGUGUUCCCCCAUCAUCCGACCGCGUAUUUGUCAGUCGACAAAAACGUUUUUAGCGUGCCCGGCAUCGAGGACGAUAAUGGUGGAAACGAUCGCGCCGCUGCCGAGCUAGCCGAAUUGAAAGGAGUAGAUAAUGACGAUUCCAUCUUCGCCGAUGCACCUGGCGACACCGAUGACGAAGGGCGCUUCUCGCAGCCAUUGCUGAGGCAUUCUGCCCACGUCACAAGUAAUCACGCGGCUUCCAAUUUGCUUUCGGAUAAAGUUAGACAGGAAAUCCUGGAGCUUGGGUUACCCGACGACGGCUAUAACUAUCUUCAGCAUCUUCGGGAAAUCGGCAAUGCUAGUGCUGGCGCUGCUUACUAUCAAAACAACAACGCAAGAUUGGAUCUCGUGCCGAUUGAUGUUAAGGCCUUUGAUGCCUCGAGGCUAAAACUUAGAGGAGUUGAAUCAGACAAGGAUUCAAUCUAUGUUGUUGCUACUAAGGUGGUUGGUGUUAGGGUUCAGAAGGUUUCUGAUCCCGAUGUGGCGAGGUUGCUAGAUAUCAAUGAUUCAAAGAGGAGAGAAACCGAAUAA